CACAGCGCUGGGUAUUUAGCAUGUCACUCACGUGCUGGUCUCAUCUACUAUCAGCAUCAUUGCUAGCAUCGCCAUUAGUUUGUGCCUGACCAAGGGCGCAGAGCAGAAAGGCAGAGCCAAAUUUUGUCGCAUUCUGUAGCAGAGAUACCUGAUAUCGAUAUAAACACCUGGCAUGAUGGAAGACCUCGACUUCAGCUUCAUCCUUGAUGACGAGUUUGAUGCAGUUACAAUAGCGAGAAGGGAUGAUUUCGAGACUUGGAAGACCAAGAAAUACCCUGCCAAGGAGCAUGCGCGCAGAGUCGCCAAGGAGCUGGACAUUAGCGACGGCAUCAUUUAUCUGCCUGGCCGAGCGACUGAAAACUACGAAGAUUCGGACCAGCCGCCGCCGUUGAGACAGCGCAGAUACUUCUUCUAUCUCACCGGCGCAAACUUCCAUGACUGCUUCGUCACAUAUGAGAUCCGCGCAGACACCCUCACCCUCUGGAUCCCUUACGUCGAGCCCCGCCAGGUCCUCUGGUUCGGCUCAACGCCCGACGCUGCCAAGGCGAAGCAGCUCUACGACGUCGAUGAUGUGCGCUACUCAACUCAGCUGGACAAGUUCUUCGAGUCGCGCUUCUCCUCAUCGACCCAGCUGUUUGUCCUGCAUCCGGACCAGACGCCAACGAAGGCUAAAGAGUUGAAAUUCAAGAUCAACGACUGGAAGCUCCAGCCUGCCAUGAACAAUGCGCGAUGCAUCAAAGAUGAGUAUGAGAUUGCCAUGAUUCGCCGUGCCAAUGAGGUUUCCAGCGCGGGACAUCGAAAAGUAGCUGAAAUGCUUCUGCGUCUUUCCAAUGAGCGCGAGAUUGAGGCUAUUUUCCAGGCUGUGACCACUGCGCGGGGAGCUCGCUCGCAGGCUUAUCCCGUGAUUGCGGGUUCGGGCGUGAAUGCCUCAACGCUGCACUAUGAGGAUAAUGACCAGCCUCUAAAGGGCAAGGAGCUGGUCAUUCUUGAUGCGGGAUGCGAAUGGAAUUGCUAUGCUAGCGACAUUACUCGUACGCUGCCUAUCAAGGGCCAAUUCUCAGCCAACGGCGCGGCUGUAUACAAAAUCGUCCAGCAGAUGCAGGAAGAAUGCAUCGCUGCCGUCAAGCCCGGCAUCAAAUUCUACCAGCUGCAUCUCCACGCUGCGGCGGUUGGCCUUAAGGGUCUCCAUAAGCUCGGUAUCUUGAAGGGCGACAUUGUUGAGAUUGCCAAGGCCGGCACCAUCACUGCAUUCUUCCCACACGGGCUGGGUCACCACGUCGGCCUGGAGGUGCACGACGUCGCAGGCAAUUUGCCACUGAUGAUUCUCGUAAACCUGGGCCUGGAUGGCGGAAAGCGCGAUAUGAUUUCUGCAGAUAUGCUGAAAGCCAUGAGGAUGUAUGAUGAAGAGCUGGUGCCUUCGCGCCUGAAGUCGGGUAAGGAGAGGCAGGUCCUGAAGCCAAACAUGAUUGUUACCGUUGAGCCGGGCAUCUACUUCUGCCGAGAGUACAUCGAGGGCUACUACCUCAGCAACCCAGAUCACGCCAAGUUCAUCGACAAGAAUGUCCUCGAGAGCUACUAUAGCGUUGGAGGUGUUCGUAUCGAAGACGACAUUCUUGUUACUGAGGAUGGAUACGAGAACUUGACGACGGCGCCAAAGGGCGAGGAGAUGAUUAGUGUUAUUAAUGCAAGGGAGGGUAAACAGUAGAUUGUUCUUAUGAGUCUUGUUUUAUAGAGGAGGUUAGAAGAUUGGGUAUCAUGAUAUACAUUGGGGUAACACUGUUGGGAUUUGAUUGGGUUGAAGUACAAGUUUGUUUUAUAACGGCAUAGAUACCGCACCGGAAGAUUGCUUAUUUACUAUAUUAACUUAUUAUUACGAUAAAUUACUCGCCUUGAUUGGUAGACUAGGAGUUAAAAGCACGGAAG